GAGGUGCUGGAGCGUUGGAACUUCAGCUGGCGGAGGCGCGGCCGAGAACCGCCGGCAGCCUCGCUGUGUGGGCCCAUAGCUGUGAGAGACGUUCCCGGUGCGCCUUCGGGUGGCCCCGUGCGGGGCAGCGUUGCCGCGUAAAAAGGAAGAACUGAGGAGAAAACAAACUAUGAAAGUAUUGGUUAUUGGCCUUGGGGGUGUAACAAAUGGAGGAAAAACAACACUAGCAGAAAAACUUAAGAAUAUGCUUCCCAACUGUGAUACAAUCUCUCAAGACGACUUCUUUAAGCCAGAGUCUGAAGUAGAAACAGAUGAACGUGGAUUUAAGCUAUAUGAUGCAGUAAACAGGAGGCUGUUUCAGAGCAAUCCUCUUAAUUUUCUUCAGCUCACUGAGAUACUUAAGAAAACUUGCUUAACAAUACUUGAUGCCCUCUAUAUGGAUGAAAUGGUGACAAGUAUUCGCAAUUGGAUGAAAAGCCCAGCAAGCUCAGGUUUUGUGACAGAAGAGCCAGAGAAUACAUGUGACAGUCUGAAAAAUGUUUAUAUUUUGAUUGUUGAAGGCUUUCUCCUUUACAAUUAUGAGCCACUUAAUGAACUAUGGAAUAGAAGAUAUUUUUUGACCCUUCCUUAUGAAGAGUGCAAAAGGAGAAGGAGCACCAGAGUCUAUCAGCCAGCAGAUACACCAGGGUACUUCGAUGGACACGUGUGGCCUAUGUAUUUGAAAUAUAAAAGUGAAUUGGAACAGAAUGCAAGUAUGCAAGUUGAUUACUUGGAUGGAACAAAAUCCCAAGAGGAGCUUUUAUCCUAUGUGUAUAGUGAUAUAAUACAGGAAUUAAACAAGCUGAGGGAAGAAAAUCAGCAGGUCACAUCGUGACAAUGUAGAAAGCCUGGGUUCCAUUUGAUAUGAGUUGAAAACACCAAGACUGUCAUACAUGGCAAGCCAACCAACUGAGCAAAUGCUGUGUCUAUGACUGUAAUGCUACUUCAUAUAACACAAGAGAUUUUGUAAGUAAUUAUUAACUCUCUCUGGUAUGGAGACAGACUCCAUUUAGGAAUAUAAACAGUGCAUUCUUUAAAUUUCCUUUAAUCAAUCCCGCCUUGGCUGAGCUUUAAAUCUGAUUCAAUGUGUAUAUUUUAAAGAACAUGAAGAUUUUGUGCAUAAAACUAAACCAUAAAGAUGCACUUCUGUUGGUUUAAUAAGCACAUUUGAACAUGGAUGAUUGCAAUUUGAAAUGAUCAUAUAGGAAUGACAGUGAUAUUACCUCUGAUGUUCUUAGGAGCUUGUUAUCACUGAUAAACAUGCUCAAGAAAAACGAGCUGUGUAAGUUGUGUAAGUUUAUGUAAGUUGUUAUGCUGCUUAUUCAGUAACUGAAUACAUCACAGCUAAGCAACACCUCUCUAGUGUUUGCACUGUAAUUUUUGUGUUGUGUAUUCUUUAGAGUAGUUGUGAAUAGGUGUUAAGAAAAUGAAAACAAACCUGAAGAGGACACAGAUUGUUGGAGAAAGAUGGGGAAAUAAGAUGUAGAGAAUGGAGAUGCAUCAUUAAUAAGAUAUGGUACAUAUAUUGUGCAGAGAUUGACUAGGAUGGCACAGACCACUAGAUAAUAAAUCCAUGCUUCAGACAGGAAGGAAGAAAUAAUUGUUAUUAAUAUUUGUAACUCACAUUGAAAGUGAAAUGAAACUGAAAUGUUGUGAAUGGAAUGUUCAGAAAGCAGGACUGCCAGACAAAUGUGUUACAGAAUUUGUGUAUGUAUAUUUAUGCAAACUAGGAAAUUGUAUCAUAUUUUGUUGCUGAAUAAGUAAUGUCUUAACUCUUAUAUUUUCUAGACAAUAGGUUACAUUUUUAUGAGCCAAAAUAAAAAUAAAACUAUAGACAUGGAAAGGAAAGGAUGGAUAUUAUUACUUGAUAUGUGACAGCUGAACUGGUCAGUGAUUGAAAUGUAGUACUUUAUAGUAAAAGUCCUAAAUCUAUGUAUAAGAAAAAGAUGUCAUCAGAUUACAGCUGUGUUUAGCUGUGUUUAAAACAAAGUGCUUCCAAAUAUAAUUUUGUAUUAUUAUUUUGCACUAAAAAUUCUUCAUCUUGCAUUUGCUCAUGUGCUGUGAUGGACUGUCUGAUUUUAAACUGAAUUUUUGUUUUUAUUUCCCUUUGCAAAGGGUACAAUUGCAAGAGAUUAGCUAAUGCGUGGAAUGGUUGUGGUGGACUGAUCUUGUCUAGCCACCAAAACUGCUCUAUUAUUUGCCCCUCCUCAACAGAAGGGGAAAAAAUGCAAUGGAUUUGCAUCUUGACUCAUGCAUGGAGAUAAGGACAGGAAAACCAUUCAGCAGUUACUCACAUGCAGUCCAAACAGACGUGGUUUUGGGAAAUUAUUUGAAUUUACUGACAAUAAAAUCAGACAUAAUGAGAAUUAAGAACAAAUCAUAAAACACCUUUGAUGGAGAAGGAAGACUUGCACACCAGAUGAUGAACAACAAGCCUCAAAAGUUUAUUGAAUAGGCA